AGGGCCUGACAAGGACGGAUGAAGCAACAGCAGCCCAGAUGGGUAUAAAUUGAGCUGUACCUCUUUGUCUCAGCAUCCAGACCUUCAGCUCAGUGACAGAAACAGGCAGGUUCUUCACACCUGUGUGACGGAGCAGCUCAAAGACCAGAAUCAAACGGAAACGAGUGCAAAGACCCCACAAUGAAACUCCUCUGCAUCGCUGUCGUCUGCCUCAGCAUCUGUGUUGUUUUCAGCACAGCUCUCCCUGUUACUGAGCAGGUACAAGAGACGGACGGGAGCACCGCUGGGCUUAGUGGACAGGGGAACACUGCACCAACGCCGAUGCAAGUGACGGAGAGGGUCACCACAAAGACUGCUGUAUACACUAAUGAAAAGCAGGUGCAAGUGACGAACGGGGUCACCGUUGGGCCUAAUCAAGAUGUGGGCACCACAAAGAUUGCUGUAAACACUAAUCCAAAGCAGGUGCAAGUGAUGGAGAAGGUCACCGUUGGGCCUUAUGAACACAUGGACACCACAAAGACUGCUGUGUACACUUUUCCUAAGCUAACGGUCACAAAACACCAGCAGGUGCCAGUGACAGGCGGGGUCACCGUUAGGCCUAAUGAAGAGGGGGACACCACAAAGAUUGCUGUAGAUACUAAUCCAAAGGUGCAAGUGACGGAGAGGGUCACUGCUGAGACAAACGGACACGUGGACACCACAAAGGGUGCAGCUGACACUAAUCCUAAGCAGGUGCCAGUGACAGGCGGGGUCACCAUCAGGCCUAAUGAAGAGGGGGACACCACAAAGAUUGCUGUAAAUACUAAUCCAAAGGUGCAAGUGACAGGCGGGGUCACCGUCAGGCCUAAUGAAGAGGGGGACACCACAAAGAUUGCUGUAGAUACUAAUCCUAAGCAGGUGCCAGUGACAGGCGGGGUCACCGUCAGGCCUAAUGAAGAGGUGGACACCACAAAGAUUGCUGUGCAAGUGACAGAGAUGGUCACCAUUGGGCCUAAUGAAGUGGUGGACACCAUAAAGAUCACUGUAAACACCAAUCCAACGGUCUCCUAAUGGACUGAAACGUUCAUUCCCAUGCCAGGGAAUGGAAUGUGUGGAAUCUUCUGUGCAUUUUUAGGAAGCACUCUCAUGUAUGUCUCUGGAAUAUCAUGGAAUUCUUUCAAAGAGAAUACCACUGAAACUAAUUAAAUAGCAUUAGCAUUUUAGUAUGUUUUUUUCUUGUCUCAUAAAAAAUCAAUAAAAUAAAAAAGCAAAAUAAAA